GUGAUCAUCAGUGUUCAUUUCCUCCCUGGGAUCGACUAGUCUGACGAAUCGAAAGUCGAGCGCAGUAAAACGGGAGCAUAACCUAAAAAAUACUGGAGAAUAUCUAAAGACAUGCCUUUACAGAGGUUACUACUGCAGACGGCCAGCGUCAGCAAGAGUGUUGUCCGGUCAGCAUUUACUGCCAGAAAGCCAGACAACGCCAAUCCGAACUGGCUCCGUGUGGGUCUGGCGUUUGGGAGCUCUGCUGCUCUCUGGGCACUGCUUCUCAAGCAACACGGCGAAGAUGUUGCAGAGUAUAAUAGACGAAGUGGACUGGAAUGAAGAGCCGAGGACAUUGACAGUGAGGAGGGCUCCAUCUGUUUCUCCUUGGCUUUGAAGCUGACUGCGUCACAUCGUGAAAUUACUUAUAUUGUAGAGUGUGUUAAGUGUUGCAAUGCAGUCCUUAAAGGAUGAGGCUAAACAAGGCUGCCAUGUUUGGAUUCAUACAUGAUCAGAUGAAAAAUAAAAUUUUGGUUACUGUGUGUAUUUUUUGUUCUCAGAGCAAAACAGAAGAUAUCAGAUUGGGAGAGAGUACUGUCUGUAUUGGUGAUACAUGAUUAAUAUAGUCUGUAUGGUCUUAUGCACAGUAUAUGGAAUGAUUUGUAACAAUGUGUAUUGAAUAAAAUUGUAAAUACA